AUGGAGAACGGGGUUGGAUGGAAAAGGGACAGCUCAGGUCCAACUGUAAUGGAUGGAGGGCCUUACAUGAUGUUUGAAAACCAACUUAGAAAGAAACAGAAGACUGGCUGGCUAUCUGCGAAAAAUGAGCGAGCACCAAACACACUGGACAGAAUCAUGCAGCGCACAGGCACACGUGCACUCAAUCAGAUAAGCCAACAGAAAAAAGUCGACGCGCUUUAG